AUGGUGCUCUGGCGCAAAGGACUAACGCUGGGUUUGAGCUCCGAUGAGAAAUCUCCCGUCGAGGGGAGCUCCAGCGACGAUGCGACUUCCGCGGAUGCUCAGAGGUUGGAGUUCGAUGCGCGUCGCACUCCACAGCCGGGUGAUCUGACGCUGGAGCAAGAUACCGCGGGUGGAUUGGGGCGGCAUUUGGGGCUGUUCAGCACGACUUUUCUCAUCAUCGGCCGAAUCAUUGGGACGGGUAUCUUCUCCACGCCUGCGACUAUUACCAGCAGUGUUGGUAGUGUCGGAGCCGCGUUGAUGCUAUGGGUCCUUGGGUUGUUACUCUCCUUUGCUGGUCUUUGCGUGUGGCUGGAACUCGGGUGCAUGUUCCCUAGAAGUGGUGGAGAGAAGGUUUACUUGGAGGCUGUGUAUAGGCAGCCACGUUUCUUGGCUACUGUGGUUUUCUCGACCCAAGCCAUCUUCCUUGGCUUUACGGCGUCCGGUUGUAUCAUCUUCGCAGAGAACAUAUUAAUUGCAGCAAAUCACAACGUGACUGAAUGGGGAGAACGAGGGAUCGCACUUGCGGUAAUCAUUGCCGUUACGUGCAUCCAUACCUUUACCCCGAAUCUCGGUGUCAAACUCAUGAACAUCCUUGGAGUGAUCAAGAUUGUUGUCCUUGUCUUCAUCGUGAUCACCGGAUGGGUUGUUCUCAGCGGAAAGGUGCACAAAAUACCAGAUCCAGGGGCUAGCUUCAGGAAUUCCUUCGCCGGAUCGUCUUCGUCUGGUUAUGAAUACGCAACCGCUUUGUUCAAGGUCUUGAAUUCUUAUGCCGGAUGGUCCAACGCCGCCUAUGUCCUGAAUGAAGUUCGACGCCCCGUCCGAACCCUCAAGGUUGCCGGCCCCCUUGGCCUAGGCAUAUGCGGUGUCUUAUACCUACUCGCAAACGUCGCCUUCUUCGCCGCGGCGACCCCUGGGGAGGUCUCCAGCAGCGGAAACACCGUAGCCACCUACUUCUUUGGCCGAGUCUUCGGGGCGGCCGCUGAACGAGCAUUGAGUGUACUUGUCGCCCUUUCCGCAUUCGGAAACGUCUUGACCGUCACGUUCGCUCAGGCCCGAGUAAACCAAGAGCUAGCGAAAGAAGGUGUCAUUCCCUUAUCUCGAUUCUGGGCUUCGGGAUGGCCGUUUGGUGCGCCUUCUGCGGGCUUGCUUUUGCAUUUCAUCCCAAGUUUCAUCGUCAUUGUGGCGAUACCGUUUGGCGACGCCUACGACUUCAUCCUCGACCUCGAAGGCUACCCAUCCUCCGUCAUCUAUGUCUUCGUCGGCAUCGGUCUCUUCAUCCUGCGCUGGCGCUCGCCUCAAGUGCCGAGACCAUUCAAAGCCUGGUGGCCUGUCCCCGUCUUCUUCCUCCUCGGCCAAGGUUUCUUGCUUGUCGCGCCCUUCUUGAGGCCGCCGGGCGGGAAAGGGGAUACGAGCUUGCCGUACUGGCUCUAUCCUGUCGUGGGCAUCGCGGUCCUGGCAUGCGGUGUGCUCUAUUGGUUUGGAUGGCGGGUACUACUUCCGAGGGCAGGGCGAUUCGAUUAUGCAGAGCGGCAGAUGACGCUGAAGGAUGGGACGGUGUUGACGGUGUUUGAUAGAAAAAAGUUGAAGGUGUAG